UUUCACUCCAUGUUUUAUGUCGAUACAUUACGGGCCUAAGAAGUAGCACUUCACAGCAGCGAGCUGCCCUAUUUUUCGACCUCUUUGUUUCUUUGUACGCAACCCUCUCGCGAGGGAAUUGGGAAGAUGCCAGUGUGGGAUUAAGGGAGUCUGGAAAGGGAACGGAAAAUACCUUCAUGUUGGAAUCGCGACCCAUCUUGGUACUUUGUCAUCAUGCCUUUGGUCUGUUCUUGGCUUGCCGCAGCAAUUCUGGUUACAGUUACAUUUUUUUCACUUUUGCCUCGCCUUCUUCCUCUCAUUCUCACCCUCAUUCUUUCUCUCAAGCCACACAAGGCGAGGCGUCGAAAAAAUUGGCAAGGGCCAGGUCCGGGAUGGAUUGGGCGGUUGGACGGGUUAGGCGGCUUUGUCUUUUUAUGCGCUUAUUCCAUUUCUCUUUAUACUAUCAGGUCGGACAGGAAUCUUGAGUUGCUGGGAAAAGAGAACGGAAAGCUGUCUAGCCAAUGCGGAGCGUUCAGCACGCGGAACAACAGCAAUUGUUUGGGACGGAAUACCUUUCGUGCUGCUGCACAGGUAGCACUGUUGUAUGUAUCUAAGUCGUAGGAUGGGCUGGAUGCCCAGAUGCGGGAGCGUCCUGCAACACAAAAUGACAAUAAUUGUUCAUCAAAUUUUCGCCUUGAU